AUGCCUAUGAGGGGAGCCCGGCCUGUGCCGACUCGAUCAACGUGUGCCAGCUGUGCUGACUCAACUGAGCUUGGUCCUUACCCACCUUGGUACCAGCCACAGCACAGUCCUGCAACAACCACGAACCCCGAGCAAGACCCCCCCCAGUCACCACCUCAACCCUGCCCACCACCCCAUCCACCCCACGUAAGAAGCACAAGCACCACCACCAACUCCCAACCACCAGUGCACCAUGCUCCACCUCCACCACCACCACCACCACCACCACCCCACCACAGCACAACCAGCAGCACAACAACCACCACCUCAACCCCCAACAGCACCACUCCGACCCCGCAGCACGCGAACCCGCACACGCCGCUCCACAACCCCAGCACCACCACAACCACCAUCACCAACACCACCACCACCACGUCCAGAGCGCAGGGAUACCCCCGAGUAUCACAGGGCCACGAGACUCAUAAUGAGUCUAGUGCCAGUAGGUUCCCUAAACUGGGGCCGGGAAGCCAUAAUUUGAGGAUAUGCUUUUGUAAAGGAGUAACGGGGAAGCAGCCAGUGGAGAGAAUCUACAGGUUUGAAGCAGGUUUUGUGAAGGGCCCCGAUUAG